AUGUCUGUCAAAACCCCUCCCAUCAGAGACCUGCUCGAGGUCACCGAGGACCUGGAAAACGGUCUCACCUUUCUGAAGAACGUCUCCAUCCCCCUCAAGGACUCGCCGCUCCCCAUUCGCGCAAACGUCUACCUUCCGCUCACCUCGGACAAGACCGUACGCUAUCCUGUUCUGGUGACCUACGGACCUUAUGGCAAAGAUAUACCCUACGCCAAAUUCUACCCCAAGUCGUUCAGCGAGGUCGCCCCAGGGCAAAGAUCCAAAUACUCGGCCUGGGAGACGCCCGAUCCGGUCUUUUGGACGAGUCAGGGCUAUGCCAUCGUCCGCGCCGAUGAGCGUGGACUGGGCCAGAGCCCAGGACUGCUGGAUACCAUGAGCCGCGGCACGAGCGAGUGUUUCUUCGACGUGGUCGAGUGGGCCGCAGAUCAGGCCUGGUCCAACGGCAAGGUCGGCUUGUUGGGCAUCUCGUACUACGCUGGUUCUCAAUGGCGCGUUGCCGCUCGGCGUCCCAAGGGCCUUGCUGCCAUCAUCCCCUGGGAGGGGAUGUCCGAUUACUACCGCGACCGCUGCCGCCAUGGCGGCAUUCACUCCAACAAGUUCAUUGGUUUCUGGUGGAAUCGCCAGGUCCUCGUCAAUCAAUACGGGCGGAAAGACAGGUCUAAGCUGGACUUUCCUCCCGACGGCCCUGGAGCCAGGGGUCAAGAGGACACCAUCGAGGGUGACCUGCCUGAAGACGUUUUGGUAGCUAACCGUCAGGAUCAGACAAAAGACAACGAGUCCAACCGCUUCCGCGAUGACGACUAUUACGCUAGCAAAGAGUACAAACUCGAAGACAUUGAGGUCCCUGUUCUGAGCGUAGCCAACUGGGGCGGUAUCCUUCUUCACCUCAGAGGCAACGUACAGGGUUACCUCGGAGCAGGCUCACAGCUCAAGUACCUGCGUUUCAUCACUGGUCGUCACGACCUCCCCUUCUACUACCCCGAGGAGGUUGAGCUGCAAAAGAGCUUCCUGGAUGCAUUCCUGAAGGGCGAAGACACAGUCGGCUGGAGCACGCCUGGCAAGGUACCUCCCGUGACGCUCACUCUGCGAAAGGGCAACGUCGGGUUCAACGACGCUGAGAAGGAGAAGGCGUAUCCAAAGAGAGAAGAGACGGCCUGGCCAAUCCCACGCACAGAGUACACCAAGUUUUACUUGGCGCCGGACCUUGGCCUGACAACAAACGGUUCCGGCCAGGAUUCAAAGACAGUCUCGUACAAGGCUCUUGGCUCUCUGGAGAACCCUCAAGUUGUUUCCUUCACAUCUGCUCCUUUCGAGCAAGAGACUGAGAUCACAGGCCACGUUACCGCCCAUCUCAACGUCUCAGUGACGCCCGACAACUCAGGAAAUGAAACCGAUAUCGACCUCUUCGUGACUCUUCGUCACAUUGACCCAUCGGGCGAGGAAGUGUUUUACACCGGAACAGCUGGAGACCCCGUGCCGCUCGUCAAGGGUUGGCUCAGAGUGAGCAAUCGCAAGGUUCACGAGGAGAGCCCUAAGCACAAGUCCUGGUUGCCGUAUAGAGAGUACCUCUCCACCGACGUUCAGCCAGUCAAGGCUGGGGAGGUCUAUGGCGUAGACGUCGAAAUCUGGCCAACAAAUGUCGUUGUCGACAAGGGCGGCAAGAUCGUUUUCGAAGUCAGCAGCGGUGACACCCAAGGCAGUGGCAUUUUCCAGCACUGCUCCGAAGUUGACAGGCCUGCGUCCAAAUUUGCCGGAUUGAACAACAUUCACUUCGGCCAAAGCCUCGAGAAUUAUGUUACUUUGCCCCCGAAGCCGACGCUCAAUGACUUGGCGGCUUUAGAGAAAACCGAGCUCAGGAGCCUUCGAAGGAACAUCCAACAAGCCCUGUCCGACGAAGCGACACUCUCCAAAUAUGGCGUAUCGAUCGACGAGGUCAAGUUGCACCUGCCGAUCAAAGUAGGUGGAUUCACCGACUUCUCGUGCUCCAAAGAACAUCUCUUGAACGCAUCAGAGGCAGUCGUGGGCAAAGCCUCCAUGCCACCUGCAGCACCAUACUUUCCAAUCGGCUACAGUGGACGGCCCUCUUCAAUUGUCCUUUCGGGGACGAAGAUUACACGGCCGUACGGGCAAUAUCGCGAUGGGGAGAGUAUUGGUUUCGGCCCUUCCAGGGCGCUCGACUACGAGCUCGAGGUAGCUUGCAUUAUUGGCAAGUCGACGCAGCUCGGAGACCGUGUAGCCGUGACAGAUGCCGACGAGCACAUUUUUGGUCUCGUCCUACUGAACGAUUGGAGCGCUCGCGAUAUCCAAGGGCUCGAGAUGAGUCCUUUGGGACCAAUGAAUGGAAAGUCGUUCGGGACGUCUAUUAGUCCAUGGGUGGUCACACUCGAAGCACUCGAACCGUUUGCGACCCAGCCGCCUCCGAAGGAUAUACCUACGCAGUCGUACUUAUUGGACAAGAAGGAGAAAACGAGCUAUAGCAUUGCGUUGAAGGCUGAAAUAUUGACUGGUGAUGGGGCUACCAUGGUGUGCAGGGCGCAGCUCGGCUGGAUGUACUGGACGUUCCGCGAUCUCGUGGCUCAGCAAACGAUCAACGGAUGCAACCUCAAUACUGGCGAUGUUUUGGCGACUGGGACGGUGUCAGGAGCUGGCGAUGACGAGCACGGAUGUCUGCUUGAGAUGACCAAGGGUGGCAAGGUCGGGUGGAAAACGUCUAAUGGUCAAGACAGGACGUACUUGCUGGACGGUGACGGUGUGCGCAUGAGCGGGCAGGCUGGGGACGGCGUGGGGUUUGGUGACUGCGUGGGAUUUAUCGGGGCCGCUCGGCCGUUUUGA